GAACCUAAACAAACUGAUGUAGUGUCACAACUGCAAGGUUUACAAAUCUGUGCGUCCAGUUUAGUUGCUGAACGUAAUUGGCAUUUGGAAUUAAUUAAUCCUCAAUUGAUGUUGAAAACAAAUCACUUAGCUGGUUAUGUCUUAGUAUCUGCAGCUAGAGCUAAACUAGAUGCAUUAACUCAUCCACCGAUAUGGAAAGAUUCGCAAUUAUUGAAUAAAUCUAGUUUAGUUGGACAUUUGGAAUGUAUGCAAUACUAUGCUACAGUUGGACAAGUAAGUAGUAGUGAAUAA